GCGCCGCAGGCGACCGAGCGCCGCCGGCUCCAUCGGGCCGCGCCGCCUCAGCGUCCGCGCGCCGCCAUCUUGGGUGCAGCGCGCUGUGCGCCGGCGCCUGGCGGUGACGUCGGGCAGUGCCGGCACGCGGCAGCAUGGCGGGCAGCGGGCGCCGGCCCGAGCACCGCGGGCCGCCCGAGCUGUUCUACGAUGAAGUGGAAGCGCGGAAGUACACGCAGAACUCCCGGGUGAUGGAGAUCCAGGCGCAGAUGUCGGAGCGGGCCGUGGAGCUGCUGGGGCUGCCCGAGGACCGGCCAUGCCUCCUUCUGGAUGUGGGCUGUGGCUCUGGGCUGAGUGGGGAUUUUAUCUCUGAAGAGGGGCACUACUGGAUUGGCAUGGACAUUAGCCCUGCAAUGUUGGAUGUGGCUGUGGAGAGAGAGGUGGAAGGAGACCUUCUUCUUGCAGAUGUGGGUCACGGCAUUCCCUUCAGGCCUGGCAUGUUUGAUGGCUGUAUCAGUAUUUCCGCAGUGCAGUGGCUUUGUAAUGCUGAUAAGAAGUCGCACAGUCCUCCAAAACGCCUUUAUCAAUUCUUCUCAACUCUUUAUACCGCCUUGGCCCAAGGAUCCCGAGCCGUCCUGCAGCUGUACCCUGAGAAUUCAGAACAGCUGGAGCUCAUCACGACCCAGGCCAUGAGAGCUGGCUUUACUGGGGGAAUGGUGGUAGAUUACCCCAACAGCACCAAAGCCAAGAAGUUCUUCCUCUGUCUCUUUGUUGGGGCUUCUGGCACUUUACCAAAGGGCCUUGGUACUGAGUGUGCUGAUGGAGAAGAGCUACAACAGGCAAAGUUCACCAGUGAGAGGACACGGUUCAGAAACACCAAGGGGAAGUCUGUGAAGAAAAGCCGGGACUGGAUUCUUGAGAAGAAAGAGCGCAGGCGACGACAGGGCAAGGAGGUACGAGCAGACACCAAAUACACAGGUCGAAAGCGCCGCCCUCACUUCUGAAUUGCUGUGGACACUGAUGAUGUGGAAGACGGUGUGUUGGCCUCUCCAGUGAGCCUCCUGUGAAUGGCACAGAUGGGCACCCCAGGCCUGGGACUUGUUGGAACAGGUCACUGUGGCUCUUGCAGGUGUAGACUGGCUCAGGUGCAGCCAAACUGCCAACUGCAAAGCUGCCAGACCUGUUUUCUCUGAAGGCAGAGUGGCACAGAGUUCUGUCCAAUUGGUGUCUGCCAUGCCACUGCUUAUCUUCCCAAUGGGGCAGUGAGCCAGAACAUUAUAUCUAGCUUCUUCACUAAACAGUCAACAAGUAAGAAGUGUU